AUGCUCGCGUUAGAAAACGGUCGGGCGAGGGAGCUUCGGCAUCGAUUCCUUUCGACAGAUAUCUUAAACGACUCGGAGGACUCCCUUGAAGAUCUCCCUGAGCCGUUGAAGACGGCAUACCUGUCCGCGCUGGAUACCUUGAAACGUUCACCCCUGAUGGAUUCGGGCGCGGACUCGUCAGCUUCGCGCGCCUUACACGCCGUCAUCAACCUCAUUCGAGAGGUCCCUGGCUGCCGGAACUUUAUGACGGGUAUAAAGGUGUCGGAUGUGGUUCCAGCAAUCGAGGACGGCUGGCCGCUCCUUUAUGUCGACCCUACUCCUUUCGGAACGCUUCUGUUGCUUGUCCGACAUGGAGCUGGCGAGGGCGGGGGGAUGCCGGCAGCGUUCCGCUAUUCCUGUCGACUCCUGGAAGAGACAAAAAGCGGUGAGAUUACUUUGAAGUGUCAGGUCGGGCAUAAUGCGAAAAUUUCCAACUACAAAAACUGGGAAUUCAUCCACAAUGCCGCCAGAGAGGCAACUUUGCCUCAGUCACUCGAAGGGUUGUUGAGGUGGCUUGGGAAUCGUGUGGCUAGACAUAUUCACGCCCUGGUCGCUGACGCGACGAAAGAUACCGGUAGUCCAAACACAGUCGGUUUAACAAUCGUCGCGUGCGGCCAUAUUUCUAUGAUGCCUAUUGACGCUGCAAGCUGGAGGUCCAGCAAUUCGAGCACUACCGAAUCGCAAUGCCUCUCCGACACCUUCUUUGUCCGAUACGCCCCCUCCGCCGCGAUUGUUGCUUCGUGUGCUCGCAAGGCUCGCGCCUUGGAUGACUCAACCACAAUGCCCCAGUCUCCCCCGACAUUCGUAGCUGUAGGUAACCCGCUCAACGAUCUCCCUCAAUCCCGUUCAGAGAUCAAAGAAAUCGAAGCCCACUUCCCCAGCAACGCACGCCACACUGCGUUCGAAUCAAAUGCCACCAUACCCUUCAUCGCGACCCAUGCUCCAGCAGCGACCUACCUGCAUUUCGCCACCCACGCCCAAGCAAACUACCUACCCACUGUGCGCUCUAAUCCCGAGUCCCAAGCAUGCGUCCAGCUCUCCGACGGUGCUCUUCUCGCCACUCAUAUCCCUUCUUGGCUCUCACUCACCCGGAAUCGCUUAACCGUCCUCUCAGCAUGCGAGACGGUCGUGCGGGGCAUCGAUCUGCCGGACGAGGCUUUUAGUAUCGGAUCAGCGAUACUCGCGAGUGGGAGCGCCUGCGUAGUGGGAAGUAUGUGGAAAGUCGACGAUCAUGCGACGGGGCUCUUGAUGGUGAGGAUGUAUGAGGAAAUGCUUGAGAAAGGAAGGAGACCUCCCGAGGCAUUGAGAGAGGCUAAGACGUGGUUGAGGGGAUUGGACAUGGAUGGGUUAGCGGACGGUAUUCGAGAGAAUGGGUAUUUCGACGGAAAGCCGUUCGAACAUCCUUUCUUUUGGGCGGGCUUUGUGGCGGUAGGAAUCUAG